AUGGGAGCUGAGAAGUGGCUAGACAUUGAGCUAUGGGAAACACCUAAGGAAUGUUUCAAAGUCUUGAAGACUCGCGUUUACAGGAUCGCCACAAACUCAUUUGGGAAUGGACACGAAACGUCUGAUGGGAGAUACUACACACGCUUGGCUCAAGCUUUUGAUCCCAAUCCUGCAGAAACUGUGCGCAUAAACGGUAAAAGCUUCUAUAUAUUUGCUAACUAUCUACUUUUGAUUACUGCUACUGAAGAAAUGUUCCUUUGUGUUUUUAUUUAUAUGAAUCCAUUGGCAGAAAGUGAAAGCAAAGAUGGAUUCAAAGAUACUUUCCAGAUGAUGGAAAAAGAUGAUUACCUCUGUAGCAGUAGUGGUCCUCCUUCUGUAGAAUGGAAACGUGUCAUGGACCGAUGUCUUAUUGAUCUAAUGCUUGAGCAGGUCAACAGAGGAAACAAGGUUGGUGAGACAUUCACAGAACAAGCUUGGGCGGAAAUUUACAUAUUGAUGAUGAGAGAGCGUGAUGACAUCAACAACAUCCUUAAUCUUGAUGGAUUUGUUUGGGAUGGAGAGAAGCAAACCAUAGUUGCAGAAGAUGAACAUUGGGAAGCUUAUAUUAAGGAACAUCCAGAUGCAACCAUGUUUAAAGAUAAAACCUUGGAUGGUUAUGGUGAUUUGUGCAAGUUAUAUGAACAUCUCUCACAAGAAGGCUUCAACUGUGAGAAUCUCAUGAUCGAGUUGGAUAACUAUGGCCAUGAGAUUGAUAUAGUUGAUGAGAACUUUAGUUCUUCUACCCACAAGCAGUAUAGUAGUAAUUGUGAACCAACCCAAUUCCACAUCUCGGGAUAA